CGGGGGAGCCCUGGGGUCCGGACCUGCACGGCCGCGAGGAAGGGGAGCCGCCGGGCGGCGCCCGAACAGGUCUAGGGGGUGAGAAUGUGGAGAUGUCUCGGGCGGAUGAGUUUGAACCUACCCCACAGGAGGAUGACUUGGGGUUCAAGGAAGAGGACGAUUUGGCCCCAGGUCAUGAAGUAGGAAAUGCCUCUCUCAAGCCUGAAGGCAUCCAGACCUGGGAUGACUUGUGGGUCCAGAGAGAGGGACCAGGAAAACCUCAGGCUCGAGACAGAGGCCCCCGGCUCCUGGGAGAACCACGCUGGGGCCAGGCUAGCGAUCGGGCUGCUGUAUGUGGCGAGUGUGGCAAGAGCUUUCGGCAGAUGUCGGAUCUGGUGAAACAUCAGCGGACACACACCGGGGAGAAACCCUACAAGUGUGGGGUCUGCGGCAAGGGCUUUGGGGAUAGCUCUGCCCGGAUCAAACACCAGCGGACUCAUAGUGGCGAAAAGCCCUACAGAGCCAGACCGCCAGCCCAGGGCCCUCCAAAGAUUCCUAGGUCCAGGGUGCCUGCCGGGGAGCGCCCCACUAUCUGCGGUGAAUGUGGCAAGAGCUUCCGGCAGAGUUCAGACCUGGUGAAGCACCAGCGGACACACACGGGCGAGAAGCCCUACAAGUGCGGCAUCUGUGGCAAGGGCUUUGGUGACAGUUCUGCUCGCAUCAAGCACCAGCGAACACACCGUGGGGAGCAGCCCCCCCGGCCCCUGGUGCCCCGGCGGCCGCCGUCUCGAGCAGCCACGGCAGCCACACAGGGACCCAAAGCCCAGGACAAGCCAUAUAUCUGCACCGAUUGCGGCAAAAGAUUUGUGCUCAGCUGCAGUCUGCUGAGCCACCAGCGCAGUCACCUGGGGCCCAAGCCUUUUGGCUGUGAUGUGUGUGGAAAGGAAUUUGCCCGGGGCUCAGACCUGGUGAAGCACCUUCGGGUGCACACGGGAGAGAAGCCCUACCUCUGCCCUGAGUGUGGCAAGGGCUUCGCCGACAGCUCUGCCAGGGUCAAGCACCUCCGCACCCACACCGGCGAGAGGCCUCACGCCUGCCCUGAGUGUGACUGCACCUUCAGCCUCAGCUCCACGCUUCUCCGCCAUCGCCUGACUCACAUGGAGCCACAGGACUUCAGCUUCCCAGGCUACCCCCUGGCUCCCCUGAUCCCCAGCCCACCCCCCAGCUCCAGCUCCCCGCCACCUCCUCUUGGCACCAGCCCCCCACUGACACCUCGAAGCCCUUCGCACUCAGGUGACGGGCCUUUUGGCCUGCCUGGCUUGGAGCCAGAGCCCAGGGGCCCACAGGCUGGGGAGCCACCCCCGCCACUCGCGGGUGACAAGCCCCACAAGUGCCCAGAGUGUGGCAAGGGCUUCCGCCGAAGCUCAGACCUGGUGAAACACCAUCGGGUGCACACGGGGGAGAAGCCCUAUCUCUGCCCUGAGUGUGGCAAGGGUUUUGCUGACAGCUCAGCCCGAGUCAAGCACCUCCGUACCCACCGCGGUGAACAGGCUCGGCCGCCACCGCCAUCCACUCUCUUGAGGCCACAUAACCCCCCCGGCCCAGCGCCCAUGGCCCCUCGACCCCGAGUCCGGGCCCAGCCCUCCGGACUCAGCCAGCCCCAUGUGUGCGGCUUCUGUGGGAAGGAGUUCCCGCGGAGCUCAGACCUGGUCAAACACAGGCGCACACACACUGGGGAGAAGCCAUACAAGUGUGCGGAGUGUGGCAAGGGUUUUGCUGACAGCUCUGCCCGGAUCAAGCACCAGCGUGGGCAUCUGGUCCUGACGCCCUUUGGGACCGGGGGUGGUCUGGCAAGGCCCCUCAAGGAGGAGCCACCAGUGGGACUGGAAUGAUGGGGCAGAGGGAGGGUGGAGGAGCAGGAGACCACAGGGGUGGCAUCUUGCCUAAUCAGAGAAGAAGGGACCUGGGAGUUGGUGGGAGAGAGAAGGAAAGAAGGUGGGAGGGGAAGAAAUGGAGAAAGCAGUGACUAGAUGAAGAUUGGAGACAAUGAUCUUGAAGCUCAGGAAACUGUCCCAGCUGGGCGCAGUCAGGACCUUGCCAGGGUGGUCUAUACCCCCAGCUUCUAGAACACUGCCUCGUGCACCGUAGGCACUCAAUAAAUCUUUGUUGGAUUAAGAAA